UCACUUUUGAGAGAGAGUGAGCGAGCGAGAAAGAGAGAGAGAAAGGGAGAUAGAGAACACUGGUGUAUAGAGAGCAGGAACUGGGAGUAAGAGUAGGGUGGAAUUCACACGGAAUAUUCAGCUGUACAUUUCGUUGGAUAUAUAUGUUUUCAUAAUUAUUGCGACGUGGACACUGUUUCUCUUGUCUCAGAUGUGAUCGUGUUUCCAUCACAUCACUGCCCCCGGUGUCCAGUGAGUGACAACUACAGUGGAUAUUAUUUAACUCCGCCAGAACAGCCGUCAGUAAGCCUUCACUUUCGAGGUUUUGGAGUCGAUCAAUUAAUUUAAUUGGAAAAUACAUUCCCAACAUGGCUACGGAUCAAGAAAAUAAUAAACAGCGUAUGAUAAAGCUGUUGGAGAGACCGGGGAACGGGAGCUGUGUGGAUUGCGGAGCUGCAGACCCGGAGUGGGCGUCCUACACCCUGGGUGUGUUUGUGUGUCAGAGCUGCUCGGGUCUCCAUAGAAACAUCUCCCAGAUCAGCAAAGUCAAGUCUGUCCUGCUGGACCCAUGGAGUGAUGCAGAGGUAGAGUUCAUGGCGUCCAACGGAAACAAUGCUGCUAAAGCCAAAUAUGAACAGAAGGUGCCUGUUUUCUACUACCGUCCAACACAUACAGACUGCCAGCUCCUUCGGGAACAGUGGAUAAGAGCCAGAUACGAGAGGAAGGAGUUUGUGUGUGUGGAGAGACAGGAGCCUUACUCUGCAGGGUACCGAGAGGGGUUUCUAUGGAAACGGGGCCGAGAUAACGGACAGUUCCUGAGUCGAAAAUGUAUUCUGUCAGAGCGGGAUGGUGCUCUGAAGUACUACAACAAGCAUGAUGCCAGAGAGCCCAAGGCUCUGAUGAAGAUUCACACCCUGAAUGCCUCCUUCCAGCCUGGGAAGAUCGGCCAGCCUCACGGCCUGCAGGUCACCUAUCUGAAGGACAACAGCACUAGGAAUAUCUUUGUCUACCACAAGGAUGGCAAGGAAAUGGUGGACUGGUUCAACGCCAUCAGAGCAGCCAGAUUUCACUACCUACAGGUCGCUUUCCCUGGGGCCCAUCACGCUGAUUUGGUGCCAAAGCUGACACGAAACUAUAUCAAGGAAGGCUACAUGGAGAAGACGGGUCCAAAGCACACAGAGGGCUUCAAGAAGAGAUGGUUCUCUAUGGAUGACAGGAGACUCAUGUACUUCAAGGAUCCUCUGGAUGCCUAUGCGCGCGGUGAGGUGUUCAUUGGUAGUAAGGAGAACAGCUACAUUGUGCUACCCGGCCUUCCCCCAUCCACCCAGGGCUACCACUGGCAGUUUGGCAUCACCAUAGUAACGCCCGACAGGAAGUUCCUGUUUACGUGCGAGACCGAGGAGGAGCAGCAGGAUUGGAUGGCUGCUUUUCAGGGUUUGGUGAAUCGACCUAUGCUGCCCCAGGAAUAUGCAGUGGAGGCCCACUUUAAGCACAAGCCCUGAGAGGAGGAGGAGAAGGAAAAAGAGGGAGGCUGGACAUAUCCCCUGGAUGAAGACAGACAAAUAGAAUCCUUCUCCUCAUAAGAAAAAUAUAUAUACAAUUAAAGAUAAACCAUACAGAGCAGUAAAGGAGGGGGUAGAGAGGACUACAGAGGGUGGUGUUACCAUUCAGUUGCCAUACUCUUCUACUCUGCCUUACCCCAAAUCCUGCCCAUAUAUACUGUAAAUGAACAAAAAUAUAAACGCAACAUGCAACAAUUUCAAUUUUUUUAUAGAGUUACAGAUCAUAUCAGUCAAUUGAAAUAAAUAAAUUAGGCCCCAAUCUAUGGAUUUCACGCCUGAGCAGGGACGCAGCCAUGGGAGUCCUAGGAGGGCGUAGGCCCACCCACUUGGGAGCCCAGCCAAUCAGAAUGAGUUCUUCCCCACAAAAGUGCUUUAUUACAGACAGAAAUACUCUUUCAUUUCAUCGCCCGUAGGUGAAAAAGCCAGAUGUGGAGGUCCUGGGCUGGCGUGGUUACACGUGGUCUGUGGUUGUGGAGGUCCUGGGCUGGCGUGGUUACACGUGGUCUGCGGUUGUGGAGGUCCUGGGCUGGCGUGGUUACACGUGGUCUGCGGUUGUGGAGGUCCUGGGCUGGCGUGGUUACACGUGGUCUGCGGUUGUGAGGCUGGUUGGACAUACUGGCAAAUUCUCUAAAACGACAUUGGAGAUGGCCUAUUUACCUUUAUUUAACUAGGCAAGUCAGUUAAGAACAAAUUCUUAUUUUCAAUGACGGCCUACUGGGGAACAGUAUGCUAACUGCCUGUUCAGGGGCAGAACCACAGAUUUGUACCAUGUCAGCUCGAGGAUUUGAACUUGCAAUCUUUCGGUUACUAGUCCAACGCUCUAACCACUAGGCUACCCUGCCGCCCCGAUAGACAAGUUAACAUUCAGUUCACUGGCAACAGCUCUGGUGGACGUUCCUGCAGUUAGCAUGCCAAUUGCAUGGUCCCUUAAAACUUGAGACAUCUGUGCCAUUGUGUUGUGUGACAAAACUGCACAUUUUAGAUUGGCCUUUUAUUGUCUCCAGCACAAGGUGCACCUGUGUAAUGAUCAUGCUGUUUAACCAUCUUCUUUAUAUGCCACACCUGUCAGGUGGAUGGAUUAUUUUGGCAAAGGAAAAAUGCUCACUAACAGGGAUGUAAACAAAUGUGUGCACAAAAUUGGAGAGAAAUAAGCUUUUUGUGCAAAUGGAACGUUUCUGGGAUCUUUUAUUCAGCUCAUGAAACAUGGGACCAACACUUUACAUGUUGCAUUUAUAUUUUGGUUCAGUAUAGUUGGAAAGAGAGCCCAGAAUUAUGUUGACCUCCUUAACUCAUAGGAAGUCCCACCAAGUUGACUACAUACCCUUCAAUGGCGCUGCUAGUGCUGAGUGAUUAGUGCUUUUUGAGGUCGGUUCGGUUUCGGUUAGAUAAGAAAAUAAUCAAGUAUUUUUUACAUUAAAUGCGCUAUUCAUAAUGUGGGUUGAAUACUGUAACAACACAGAAUAAAACAAAUGAAUACAAUUCCCAUGAAGGUAGUGACUGCCCAUUACUGCUUAUCACUUAAUACCCAUCAUUUAUUCACAUUACUUUCAUCAAAUAUUAAGUUGUGUAUUUACAUUUGUUUCAUUUUAUGACUUUAUUAUUUUAUUCCAAGUCAUCAUCUCAUCUCCAUAGAGCUGCUGCCUAUGCUGUCUGACAAAUUCACAAUUUUAGUAGUUCUUUAAAGUAAAUAAGGCAUAUUUUAUGACUGCUAAAUACCAGCUAACAAUCACUUAGAUCAUGUAUUUUCAGGUAGAGAUAUCUUGUGAAGCAACAGAUGCUCUCUAUAUCACCUCACAAUCACGCAUUCUUCUGUCUCUUCCAUAGCAAUUGAAAAGAAACACCGAUGGGACAAGUAGAUUCGCAAUGGAUUAUGGUCAUUGUAGUUAAUUACCACGUUUAUGCACUAAACUAAUGUUGAAUAUUAGCCCUGUUGGAAACUACAACUCCCUACUAUAUUGCACAGUUCAGGCUGUAUGCAAUAUAUCUAGAGUUUCUAGAGAAACUGUGCAACCCAAACAAAAUGGAAUUCAAAUAAUUUAACCUCCGUCGGUCAAUUAGUUGUUCAAAAAAUGAAAAAUAACCGACAUUUAGAUGAAUCGUUCAGCACUAGGCACUACACAUGCUAAAACAGAUUUUCUGGCAAGUGCACCCUCUAUUCAUCUCUAUGACCCUGCCUCAUGUAUCUCCAGACUCUGCUUUGUGCCAACUCCACCCUCUAUUCAUCUCUAUGACCCUGCCUCAUGUAUCUCCAGACUCAGCUUUGUGCCAACUCCACCCUCUAUUCAUCUCUAUGACCCUGCCUCAUGUAUCUCCAGACUCAGCUUUGUGCCAACUCCACCCUCUAUUCAUCUCUAUGACCCUGCCUCAUGUAUCUCCAGACUCAGCUUUGUGCCAACUCCACCCUCUAUUCAUCUCUAUGACCCUGCCUCAUGUAUCUCCAGACUCAGCUUUGUGCCAACUCCACCCUCUUAGUCACUUUAUCUUUCCAUGUCGUUGGACUCAGGAGUACAUCUGAAAUGGCACCCUAUUCCCUAUAAAACACCUGUAUAGGGCUCUGGUAGUAGUAGUACACUAUAGGGAAGAGGGGGACAUUAAUCCAAAUCACCAUUAUUCACCAAGUACAUUUACACAUACCCAGAAUGUGCCUUGGUGCUGCCCGCAGUAGACAAUAUACAAACAGAAUACAGACACAUAGACAUCAUACAGAAUGAACAACAUUGGAACAGUGACCAUAAAACAUCAAACUGUGGAGUAGAGGCUGAUUACAGUGGGAACAGACCAUCUACAGAGGGCUAUAUCUAUAUAAGCAGAGGGAGGGAUCCUGCCGUGGAAACUGUGUUGUACAGAGGUGUACAUAGUGCAGAUUAGUGGUUGAGGUCAUUGAUGAGAAGGUUCAGGAAAUCGGCCCAAUGCAAAGUCAUAUGAAUGUUUUCCCAACUGUCCUACAGUUGUCGUGAGAAAAUAACUUGACCAUUUACAAAAGAGAUACAGCUGGUAUAUGUGUAAUGUUGGCUCCUGGACUGAAUGUACGUGUGAUGUGGACCUUGUUUGUUAAAUGACAUGAUAUGCUAACCUGGUCCCAGAUCUGUUAAUGUGGUCUUGACAAGUCCUAUGGUCAUCCUCAAGUUGGCAAAACUGCACUAACAGAUCUGGGACCAAGCUAAUGUUAUGCUGCUUUGAUAGUUGAUAGUGAAUAUUUUCCUUCUCUUUUGACACUGGACUGAAUAAUACAUCAAGGCCAGUGGGAACUGACUGAAUGUGACAGGGCCAUUUAGUGUCUCUAGUGAAUAAUAACUGCUCUGUUAUGGAAACUACUAGAGAGACAGACAUUGAUUCUGUGGAUGUAUUUCCUUGUUCAUUUCUUUGUAUUGGUGCAGAUGUAUAUUCAUUUAUUUAUCGCUUUGUGUUGUGAAGCUUAACAUUGACAAGCACUGCAGGUACAGGAACCAUUUUUUGUAUUUUAUAGCUGUAAAUGACUACAUUUGAAAGGGAGAAUUGUGAAUUACUUGAAAAGGUUUCUCCAGUGAAAAAAAUACUAUUUAAUAUGUCAGUUGUUACUUCAAAUACUUCAGAAAUUGCUCAUCUAAAAGAAAACAUGGAAGGAUGAAUUUCUAAAGUAUUCUAAUAUGUCAUUUUGGUGUCCUGCCUACAGGUUCUUUCCAUGUAUUGUAACUUAUCUUUUCCAGCAGGGGGAGACAAAGUCAAAACUUUGAACACACUCUUGUUCAGAUUUUUACAUGGGGAGAAUCUCAAUUCAAUUUGCUCGACUCCUCUCCACUGCCCUCUCCUGGUUGAAAACGUGGACACAAAUGUGCUUGUAUUAAAUUAGACCUGGCUUCACUCGUGCACCAUCAUUUAGAGAGGAAUCCCAAAAUAUGUGUAAAGUGUUAAAAAUAAAUGUAGCCCGACAUUUUAUAGACAACAGAUUUAGUAGCAUAUAGUUUUUAAACGUGAACAUGCGUUUGUCUUCCGAGAAGAAAACAACUGAUUUUGUGUCGGAUUUCAAAACGCUUCUACGAUACGGAGCCGAGCGGGUACAUUUGUGCUUCCUCGCUGGGAGAAGGCUAUUGAGGAGGACCACUACUCCGUUCGCCUAUUAACAAAUUGACACUCGUCUACAUAUGGCGACCACUUUUCGUUUCAUGGGUCACGAAAGAGAAAAGUACUUACGAGUAGAAGAGGACAGGCUUUUCUCCAAUUGAGAAACUCCCAUGACUUCCAAUGUGCUCUUUUUAAGUGACAAAAAGAGAUUGAGACACAUUGGAUUAGAUCAAGAGUCCCAACAAUGACUAGUAUUUUGUUGUAAUCUUUAUUGUGUUGAACUUUAAUUUGAGAAGAAAGUCAAUUCACACUGAAAAGUAAUAAAACAUCUCAUGAAGGUAUAACAA